AACCGAUGAAGAAGAAGGAAGGCGCUUCGCGGGUUUUGCAGGAAUGGCUGCUGUUGCUUCUGCUUCUUCUGCCGCCAUUGGCGUUGCUCCGUUCUCCUCGUUCAGAAGCAGAGAGCAGAGAAGAUUCUUCCUCUUCCCCUCGGUUGGUGUCCAAACAGUCGAUUUCUUGACACCUGCCAUGGGCUUUCACUCUGGUUCGGUCGAGAAACGCGUUCGUCCGACCGUUCUUCGCUGCCAGCAGCGGCGCGGCCUCGUCCCAAUCUCAUGCUUGACUUCUUCUUCUUCCUCCUCCUCCCUCCCUUCACCUUCUUCUUCAAAUAUUGAUGCCGCUCCUACCACGAAGCUCUACGUCAGUGGUCUUUCUUUUCGGACAACUGAAGAAAGCCUCAGAAAUGCCUUUCAGAACUUUGGUGAACUUGUGGAAGUCAAUCUGGUUAUGGAUAGAAGAGCUAAUCGUCCCAGAGGGUUUGCCUUUCUGCGUUACGCGACCGAGGAGGAGUCAAAGAAAGCAAUUGAAGGAAUGCAUGGAAAGUUUCUGGAUGGCAGGGUUAUAUUUGUUGAAGUCGCGAAGCCACGAUCCGAGCUCCCACCAAGAUUCAACCAAACCCCACGACGGUACUGAGAUUCGAUGACAGGUGAAAUCUGUUCUAAACGUAUCAAGCAAUACUGAAGCUUUGCAUCUUGUGGAGUUGGGACCCAUUCAUGAAGCGCACUGGUAGCACUACAUUGUGUUAACUUGAUAGUAUGACCUACCAUAAGAGCAAGGAGUGGAUGGAAAUGAAGACUUAUCUAAGCAUUGUGAUUUAACUCAGUUCACAUAUUGUACAUCCUUUAAUUGAAUUUUUUGGUUGAUCAGACAAUGAAAUAUUGAAAUGUGUUCCUUGGCGGCA